AUGGGGGGAGGACAGAGGGAGAGGCAAAGUGGGAGCAAGGGCAGGAGGAUGCUCGGGGCUCUAACUCUCUGGCCCUGUGCCACAUGCUCUUCUAGGAGAGGCACCUGGGAUCUCAUUAUACUCGUCACCCGGGCUCCCUCCUCAGGUCUCAGUCCCCGCCACCCAACCCGCAAACACACGGAAGGAAAUCUUGCGAAGGCUCAAGCAGACAGGUCCCCGCCAAGGUGGCCGCGCCGCCAGUCCCGCCUUCUCGCCUCUGUGGCCCGAGUGGCGCCCAGUCUGGUCCCCGCCGCUCCCCGCGCGGACCCGCCUCCCGAGCGCGCGUCCUCUGGCGCCUCCACUGGGGGAGCAGCUGCGACACCAAAGCAGUGUGUGGUGCGGGGCUGUGGCAGGGGUUUUGCGGGCCGCCCAGCCCGUCCAGCGGUAGCAGCAGAGCGUGUGGACAUGGAAACCAGUGCUCCCGGCAAGAAGCCAUGGUGGACCGUGCCUGAAAACUUUCAUGUUCCAAUGGUAUUUUAUUUGGAAGAGGGCCAGGAGGAGCUUAUCUUCGGGCAGAGUGACACGUACCUUCCCUGCAUCGAGGUGCACAGCUACACCCUCAUUCAGCUGGAGAGUGGGUUUACAGCCACAGGCCAGACACGCGUCACUGUAGUGGGACCUUACAGUGCAAGGCAGUGGCUGUUGCACAUGAUGUCCCACGUGAUAAGCCAGGACUCCUAUCGUCAAGCCCAGGGCCUCAAGAUGCUGGAGCGUGUCUGGAGCCAGCCCCUGAGCAAGCGUGACCUGGAGACCCCCAUGAGCAUGGAGUCCGACACCGGGGACCUGUCAUUGGCCAGCAGGAUGAGUGGAACCAUCUCUCUUAGUGUUCCGGAGGCUUCCCCUUACCGCCUGGCUGGUUGUUCUGGGUUCCAUCUGAGUUCCCUCUAUUGGGGAUAA